AUGCUUGUACAACCAACUCGACUUCUUUUGGAAUACCUUGAAGAAACUUAUGAGGAACGUGCGUAUGAUCGCAAUGAAAUCGAUGCCUGGAGCAACGAUAAAUUUAAAUUAGGCCUGGAGUUUCCAAAUCUUCCUUAUUAUAUUAAUGGUGAUUUUAAAUUAACACAAUCUAUGGCUAUCAUACAUUAUAUAGCUGACAAACACAACAUGUUGGAGGCUUGUCAAAAAGAACAUGCGGAAAUUUCGAUGCUUGAAGAAGCGGUUUUGGACAUUAGGAUGGGUGUUUUAAGAAUCACAUACAAUAAGGAAUAUGAAACCCUCAAAGUUGAUUUCCUCAACAAACUUCCUGGGAGGCUGAAAAUGUUCGAAGAUCGUUUGUCCAACAAAACUUAUUUGAACGGUAAUUGUGUAACUCAUCCUGACUUUAUGUUAUACGACGCCCUUGAUGUGGUUUUAUACAUGGACUCACAGUGCUUGAACGAGUUCCCAAAAUUAGUUUCUUUCAAAAAGUGCAUUGAAGAUUUACCACAAAUCAAGAACUACUUAAAUUCUAGCAGGUACAUAAAAUGGCCUCUGCAAGGUUGGGAUGCUACUUUUGGUGGUGAAGAUACUCCUCCAAAAUAGAUUAACAGUAAAUCUGGUAAAUAACAUAAAAAGCCUGUUAUAUAUUUACUAAAUAAAAAAUAACAAUGAAAUUCUGGACUGCUCUUUUUUGUAUGGAAAUAUUAUAGUGUGCAUAAAGGCUAUAGUACCCAAAAAAAUAACCCUGCCAUUUAAUCAUAUGUAUGCACCCUGAGUAUUUAUUGGUACAAGUCAAAACAGAUUAAUAUCGAAGUCAAGAAUGGCGUUGUAUUUCUUAAAUUUAUUACAAACAUGUGCCUAAUCAUCACCAGCCCUGGCACAAUUGGUAACGUGCUAGAGUAAGGUGGAAGAAAGCUAGGGACGGACAAACCAAGACAUAAUUUCAACUCAUGAAACCAUCACUUGUUAAGCUGAAUUGUGUUAUUAUGUGCACACUAAUUGGUUGGUAUAUGUAUGUUGAUCGUGACAUUAAAGUGACAUAGUUCAAAAUCAGUCACAGUGGUGUAGGUGCGCUCAUUUCCCAACCUACCAUAGAUCUUGAAUUUCAUUAUGAUUCCAUGUUUCUUAUUGUGUAAUUUUGUCCCGUUCCCUCAAAUCAUAUUUAGUUUGCUUUUUAUCAUUGAUACUAUUCUGAUUUGCUGUUCAACUUACUGGUUUCAUCUUCCUAAAUUGAUGUAAUAUGGCAGCUUGAGCCGAUGCACACGUUCUACGUUGAUGAUGAUUGAUUGGUUUUCAUUUCCUUCAGGUUAUAUGAAGUAAUAGAAAGUUAGUGUACUGAUCAGAUAGUAGUGAACAAAAAAGUAAAUUUUCUAUGAAAACAAAGUGGUCAUAGUUUGUUUAUGAUGUGAUCAUGUAGGUUUUUUUUGUUCAAAAGCGUCAACAAAAUGACCUUAGUCACGUUAAAUUCAAUGAACACAUAUGACAAUAUAAAUAAUCAAUUAUGAAUGGGAUUUAGUUUUGCUUUCAUAGUGAUUAUAACAAUUAUAACUAAUAUAAAACCAUGCGUAAAACAACUACAAAAACUGCGGAAAUAUGAUUUGUUUAGUUGUAAUUAACAGCUGACAAUAACAUUAACGCAUUUAACUGAAGUAAGUUAUCAAUCUUAACUCGAACCCUCAUUAAAAGGUAUGAUGUGGCUCACAAGUUUAAUAUUCUCAGCUCUAUACCCCAGUGUCUGAAUGAAGAUUAUACUACCGAGACUCCUAAACUAAUAUAAGUGUCUCGUGGUUUGAAUUCACACCGUAAUGGUUAAAAACCAAAUGUUCUAGUAACUAAUGUACGCUUUUGCGAAAUGAAAUUACUAAUGAGGUCAAGUGGUUAGAUGUACCAAUACAGGUGGACCUGACACAUAUAUUGUGUGCUAGAUAGAAAGAUAUUGGUACUGAUUUUUUUGAAGUGUAAAAAGUAUUGUUGAUGAAUACGAACAUGAAACUGUUAUAAACGUAAGGAUGCUGGUUAUAACUCUAGGGGUUUCUUGUUAUAACAGUCCU